UCCUCUGUUCUACUCCCUCUCUUGUACUGUUAAUUUUACAAAUUCGGGCGACUGGGUGCAUAUUUUCACAAGGCUCGAGGUCUGACGAGAUUUUCCGCGUUUUUGCAUGUUUCUUCCAACAGGAAAAGAACCAAAGAAAUGGAGGUGUUCUAAAACAAUAGAGCAGUUGACACCCAAAGUUUGGGGGGAUUUUACCCAACCCGUUCCUCCAAGAUGGGAGUGAGGGCGUUUGUGGAGCUGGCGCUGGCGGUGGUGUGCUUCCUAGACUUCGACGACUCGCUGGAGGAUGCACGCCGUUGCCGUCCUCAUCGCCAGCCCUGCUGCCACCGCCAUGCCCGCCAAGUUGACAUCGGCAUCGGCAUCUCUGUAGUGUGCACACGAUGGUCCGAGCUCGCCGUCGACAUUUUCUUGCGCAAUAGGGUGGCCGUCAAGUCGACGGGCGCCAUCCAUCAGAAGAUCGUCGGUGAUGCGCUUAAGCAUACACAAGCUGUUGGCUGCCCAACAUCGCCAAGGACGGGCUCUCCACGGAGUGGCUGUUCGUUGGCGCCACUGUUGCACCAACGAGAUCGUGAAGCUUAUCACGACCAGGCAGCUGCUCAUGACUCGGUGAGCCUUCUUCCGAUGGACAAGGAUGUCAUCUCGUGGGUGUUCCUCAUGCUCCUCAAAGCGGCAAACAAUGAAACAAAGAAAAAUGGCAAGUGCCACUACGUGCUGCAUGACUCGGCAGUAAGUUUCGACACUGUAUUUCAACAAACCAUCAGUUUGCUAUGAUGAAAGUGUUUUUCUUUUUCCUGCUGCCCUUGUGUUGGUGAUGCUGACACAUUCCCUGUUUUCUUUUCUGAUAUGCACUUUGCAUUUUCUUUUUUACCUUCUCUGCUAAAUUGUGGGGUUCGAUGUGUAAAUGGAUUUUAUGUUUCAGGUCAAUCAA